AUGCAGUCCACCUCGGAGAAGGCACCGUGCUGCGCGUCGCGUACGUGCCGCGUAGUUGUGCUCUGGACGGUGCAGCUGCUGGCGAUUCCCGUGUGCGCCUUUGUGCCAUUCGGCAACGAGGCCCUCACUGCGCUGAUUGCGGUCUGCAUCGUUGUCGGUCGGCUCCUGCCUCUCUGUGUAAAAAGGGCCAUUAAGCCAGCUGACGUCCAGAAGGAAGCACCGCGGGUGGCCAAUGACACCCCAACUGCAACGGAAUCCACCAAGUCCACCAAGCCGGUCAAGACACGCCUCCUGUGGCUGGACAUCCUCAAGCUGGGGCUCACAGUGCUCGUGAUAGUGCACCACUGCACCGCCAGCUUCCUCGGUACGGGCGGCUUUGCUUACAUGCUUGGCGACUACCUCCAUCCCUUCCAGGCCUUUGGUGUUGCCUUCAUGGCGCUCAACGCAUCCUACUUCAUGAGCCUCUUCUUCUUCAUCUCGGCAUACUUUACGCCCUCAUCGCACCAGCGCAAGGGUGAGUUUGCCUUCAUGCAGGACAAGUUCACCCGUCUCGGCAUCCCAUUCGUCUGCUACGUGCUGGUCAUUGGCCCGGCCAUCAACGUCCUCUUGGCCCUCCUGCGCGGGCAGUCGCCCGGCUACGCGCCCGACCCGGGGCCGACGUGGUUCCUCGCCUGGCUCUGCAUAUUCAACGCCGGCUACUCUUUCCGCAUGCGGGCCGCUGAGGCGGCGUCUCUCACCCCCUCGGCCCCGCCCUCGCUCGCCGCGCUGUGUCUGCUCGGCGCGUGCUGCGGCGCGCUCAACGCGGCUAUGAUGCCGUUCGUGUCCAACCUGGCAACGUUGCCCUUCACAUUUGGCACCUUUCCCUUCUACAUCAUCUUCUUCGAAGGCGGCAUCCGCGCCCGUCGCAACGGAUGGCUCGACGUCCACUUGCCAGAGCUGAGCGCCGCAGAGCGCACAGCCGCACGGAUUGUCUCCGCCAUCGUCGGCGCCGGUGGCUUCGCCUUCACCGCAACGCUCUACAUCAGUGGUGGCGGCCUCAAAUUUAUGCCAGCCGUGCCCGGUGAGGAUCCUGCAGCGGGGCCCCUCCCGAAGGAGGACAACUUUGACGGCCGUGACGUGGACACCAUAUCUCUCGGCUUCGUGCUCUGCAUGCUCGGCGUCGGCACGUGCGUCGGCGUGUUUUGCAUGGCCUUCACGGUCGCGCUCCUCGACUGGUCCCGCCUUCACGCCAACUGGCAGACGGCCUCGUCCCGCCGGCUAUGCGAGGUGGCCUACUCGGCUUACCUCGUCCAGGGCCUGGUGCUACCGCUGAUCGUGUACGGCUAUGCGGAGGCUCUCGCUGCCCUCGGCCAUCCAACCUACUUUCGGCCGGGCAGCUGGGCGUCGGCGACGCGGCUUCCCGAAGCGGCGCUCGUGCUGGGCUGGCUGGCGACGUCGACGUUGUCCGUGAUUGGCUGCUGGGCCCUCGGGGCGCUGCUGCGGUGCAUACCAGGGCUCAGCAACGUGUUAUAG